ACACACAGCGAUGACGUUUACGUUGAAGUAUGAUUUGCAGAAAAACCUAGUACUGAACUGUCAAACGUUUCGUUUCAGUAAAAAUAUACGCUAUCGUAAACAAAAGCAAUUGCAAAGCCUAGAGGGGAUUUUAUUUUGCAUUUCUUUAUAAUUUAAAUUGACGUGAAAAGUCUUUAAAAUGUCUGAAGAGUGGUGUAUUGAGCAGCUAGCCAAGUUACAAAUCAAAGAAAGUCGUUUGGACACAUUGAACGAAAUACGAGCAGCAUUAAGUAAUGUUGGCGCAAAUGAAGUCAAUGUCUCUGCACAAUUCUUGGCGCUCUUGGAUUCGAUUGAUGACUAUCGCGAUAGUCCGGAACAAUGUCAAGUCACAUGCGAUAUACUUUCGAUGUGCAUGUCAAAUUUGAAUAUUGAUCACACGGAAAAGGUGAGCUACUGCGACUAUCUGGAAAAAUGUUUGUUGCACAAAAAUGAUGAUGUCAAGGUGCUGGCACUCAACUACAUUGAACGACAACUCAAAGAUGUCAGCGGCAAUGAGCUGCCCGUAUCAAUGAACAAUUUGUAUCAGUCAAAUAUGAUGAUUGCAUUGGUAAAUUGUCUGGAAUGUGAAGGAACCGGAGUGGCCACCACUGCAACCACCAUUCUGUUGAAACUUUUGCCAAAGGCCAUAAACGAUAAGUCAAUCAAAAAUCGUUUAGAGCAUAUUUUGUGCGGAAAAGACUUGGUGCGAUGCCGUGUGUACGAGCUGGGCGUGAAAUUGAGCCAGGCUUCAGUCAAAAAUCAGGAAAAAUUUAAUUUCAUUCUGGAAAAACUGGUUGCUGACCUCGACACUGAUGACAUUCUUCUCAAGCUGAAUAUUCUGUAUUUAACAUCCGACUUGGCACAAACUGAUUACGGUCACAUUUACAUGGAAAACAAAGCCGUUUUCACAAAGGUGUUACGUGAGAUUGAACUAUUGGAUGAAAAUCCAUUCAAAUCCAUACUGGUGCCGGGCUAUCUGAAGUUCUUCGGACAAAUCGCAACUGUUCAACCAGCUAAAAUUAUUCAAGGCUUUUCCGGCAUGAUAAACUCACUCUUCGAUUGCAUUUUGGACGAAAAUGUUUCCGCACUACCAGUUGCUUUUGAUACGUUUGGUCAUUUGGGUCGUUCAGCCGAGGGAAAAAUGCUUUUGGAUGAAUGUCAUUCAGCCCGAAUGCACGAGGUACUGAAUGAUAUCGGGAAAUCCAUUUACAAUUUGCCGACACCAUUGAAAGUCCGGGCACUCAACGCCUUGGAAACGUUGUUCCAGUGUGAUGAAGCCAACGCGUCGAACAAUCAAAUCAGCUCAAUCACUGAACAAUGGUUUAAAAGUUUGACGGGAACUAAUCAGCUGACAUUCGUACAAGAAUUCUGUCGCAAUCCAUUUUCGGAAAUAAAAACGGCUGCAUUGGCUCUGUUGCGCUCAAUCUGUGUGUAUGCAUGGGGACAACGGGCAUUGAGCAAUACAGCUGGAUUCAUCGAAUACCUUCUCGACAGAAAUUCGGAAGUUAACAAAGAUGUUUUACACGAGAAGUACAGCAUCAUCAGAACAAUUGCCAACUCAAGAGAAUUUGAUGAAAACACCAGCCGACAGAUAAAUCAAUAUGUGAAAGACGGCGUAUUUUAUAUACAAGGCCAAAUGGAAGUUGCCAUCGAAGGAAGUUAAACGUCUCGUUUAAUGCAUUUGUUGGAUUUGAAUACCAAUUAACUGCUCACACGUUUUCUAAAUAAAAUAAGCAAGAGAUUUUUCUUACGAACAAAAA